CACAAUGUGUAAAAUAAACAAAUCACAAAAUGGCGGUCGAUAUACGAAUAGCGAGCGCAUGUGAGCGAUUAAAACCAGAAAAUAUUGAUGAGUUGUCAAAUUUGGUUACCCCAGGCGAUGUCAUUACAUCAGACACUGGUUUUAUGAGAGGUCAUGGUACAUUUAUGGAAGAUGGUAGACAUCAUGCUUCUGUAGCUGGAGUGGUGCAGAGAGUAAACAAGCUUAUCUGUGUUAAACCCCUUAAAACUAGGUAUAACGGUGAAGUAGGGGAUAUUGUGGUGGGAAGGAUCCUUGAAGUAGGUUUAAAGCGUUGGAAAGUUGACACACAUGCUAAACUUGACUCUGUUUUGAUGCUGUCCUCUGUAAAUUUACCUGGUGGAGAACUGAGAAGAAGAUCAGAGGAAGACGAGAAGUUAAUGAGGCAUUACCUGAAAGAAGGAGAUCUCAUUAGUGCAGAAGUUCAGUCAGUAUAUUCCGAUGGGUCAUUAUCACUUCAUACAAGAUCACUGAAAUAUGGAAAGUUAGGACAGGGAUCUUUGUAUUUGGUGUCCCCAUCUCUUAUAAAGAGAAGGAAAACCCAUUUUCACUACCUACCAUGUGGUGCCACUGUAAUACUAGGGAACAAUGGCUAUGUGUGGAUCUGUCCAACAGAAGGGGAAGUAUCAGAGCAGACGGGUGGAUAUGAACAAAAUUUAGAGCCUGUACUGAGGGCAGAUCGGGAGGUUGUGGCUCGGUUAGGUAACUGUGUUCAAGCAUUGGCUGAUCAUAAAUUGAUGUUGUUUGACACAAGUAUCCUCUACACUUAUGAAGCAUCUCUUAAGUUUCCUAUUAAAGAUAUAUUGAAGCCUGAAGUUAAGACAGAGAUAAUUGACUUAGCCAGGCAGAGGUUAGAACGUGAAGGAACUUGAAAAAUGAUACAACAUUUUGUUACAGUAAUUAUGACAUA